CACAAUAUAAAAGCACACCAGAGCAGAGCGUGACGGCGGGAAAAAGCUGAUGGCAAAAUCGAAUGGCGGGAACAGUCUGUGCGGUUGCAUUUAUUUAUUAACUUAAAUUAAAUAUAUUUCAAUUACAAAAUUGAUUUAAAUUAACUUCUACAUACACACCCAUUUGAUUUGAGUGAGAAAAGAAAAAUGGGUAAGAACAAGAAAAAGAGAACUAGGGUUUCCGAUGACGAUGAAGAAAUCGAAUCCGAUAACAACAACAACGAUUCCAAUCAGAAAGAUAAUUCCCUCUACCAGGUUCUUGGUGUGGACAGUACAGCGACUCAACAGGAAAUAAAGAAGGCGUAUCACAAAUUGGCGUUGAGGCUUCAUCCUGAUAAGAACCCUGGCGACGAGGAAGCUAAAGCCAAGUUUCAGCAAUUGCAAAGUGUUAUCUCAAUUCUUGGAGAUGAACAAAAACGGGCAAUGUAUGAUCAGACUGGUUCUGUUGAACACGCCGACCUUGCUGGAGAUGUUGUUCAGAAUCUUCACGAAUAUUUCAGAACAAUGUACAAGAAGAUCACUGAAGCUGAUAUUGAGGAGUUCGAAGCAAACUAUAGAGGAUCUGACUCUGAGAAAACUGAUUUGAUUAAUCUCUACAAGGAAUGCAAAGGAAAUAUGAACAGGUUAUUCUGUUCAAUGCUUUGUUCAGAUCCUAAACUCGACUCACACCGAUUCAAGGAUAUUAUUGAUGAGGCCAUAGCUUCUGGAGAACUAAAGGAAAAGAAAGCUUACAAGAAAUGGGCAAAGAAAAUAUCAGAAACCAAGCCACCAACUAGUCCUUUAAGAAGCAGGGCAAAAGCAAAUAAGGAUCCAAAAACGGAUUUGUAUGCUAUCAUAUCAAAACGACAAAAUGAGAGGAAAGGCCAGCUUGAUUCUAUGUUCUCGUCUUUAAUUUCAAAGUAUGGGGGAGAGCAUGCGCCAGAACCAACUGAAGAGGAAUUUGAAGCUACACGAAGAAAGAUGGAAAGCCGAAGAUCCUCAAAAAAGGCAAAGCGGAAAUAACCAACUUACCUUUGUGAAUAGUCUGUUUCUCUCAUGGUGACUGUCACCUCAGCAUUGUUGGUAGGAACGACAGGGUUAUUUUCAUAUGCAAGUUUAUAUAACUGGUUAGUUAAUGUUUAAGUAGACCAGUAACAUUUAAAAAAUCAGGCAUGUGUCUUCAAUGUUCUUGGUGAAUUUAUGCUUUAAAAGCAGCCGAACUAUUUUAUGGUA